AUAAUCCACACAAAGAAGUAGAUACUAGAUACCCUGCAUUGCAAAAGCCAAGAAAAAAACACAAGCUCCCUCUAAUGACGAUCUCUUGUUUGCGACCUCCAUGCAUAGUUCCUUGUUCUUUGCUCCCUGUUUCCUUUAUGGGUUCUUCUUCUCUCUUGCAAAACCCACAAAAUGAUUCGUGUAAAAUAGUUAAAGAUUUGAGGUGCUGGAAAGAAAGAAGACUUGGUGGAAAGAAGAGAGGAGGGAUUGUGUGUGCUGCCUCGUUGCUUCCGGUUGAUCCAUGGGCACCCAGCAUUGAUUCACAGAGCAUUGCUUCUCAGCUCUUUGCGUUUUCUUUGUUUCCUUACAUUGGCUUCUUGUACUUCAUUACCAAAUCCAAGUCUGCUCCUAAGCUUACUCUCUUCGGUUUCUACUUUUUGCUUGCCUUUGUGGGGGCUACCAUCCCAGCUGGAAUUUAUGCUAAGGUGCACUAUGGAACUUCCUUGUCUAAUGUGGAUUGGUUACACGGGGGUGCUGAGUCACUUCUCACUCUAACUAACUUAUUCAUUGUCUUGGGGCUGAGACAAGCUCUCAGGUAUAAUACGAGGGAUACCCAAAAAGGAACAUCAAACCUUGUUCCAGCAAUCAAAGAGGAAGAGAAAUCUUCAACCUAGUUGGAGUUAGAUGGCAUGUGCUUACUGGAUUGCUGUAUUUUCUUGUGCGUUGCUCUUGAUUGUCAUCACCGGUUAAUUAGCAUCCAGUCCUAGCUUCUCACCAACUGCUUCAGAUAUUGUAUCACUAUAAAGAACAUCCAAAGGAUCGGCCACUUCCAACUGGGAAUUAUGUGUAUCUUUUAUUUUUCGGCAUAAUUCUUAUCAUUUAGUUCUUGGAAGGCAACCUCUUUAUCUUUCAUUUUCUCCUGGUGUCUGGACCAGUUUACAUGAUUUCCUAAUGACAGUGGUCGUAGAACGUCACUGCAUAUCCUGUCCACCAGAGAGAAUGCUUGUAUACUAAAUUGAUGCUGUGAUUGCUUUCAUAUAUAGAGUGAUGUAUAGAUUUUGUUAUUCUGCCUAUGCAUAUAAUCCAAUUUGAUCACUUUCAUUUUCUGGCA